AUGGGUGGAUGGGGCACUCGCCGGAUAAUAUCCAGAAGUGGUAGGUGACUGUCCUUAAUUUGGUAGAGUAAGUUGGUCUGUUGUUACCUAUCGUGAGUGGAGCAGCAUCUGCCAAAGCAAGUGAGAAGAAAAUAUGCCUUGCCUCAACCUUUCCACCAACGUCCCUCUUGACGGCGUUGACACCUCCGCCAUCCUCUCUGAAGCCACCUCCUCCGUCGCCAAGAUUAUCGGCAAGCCCGAGGCUUAUGUGAUGAUUGUGUUGAAGGGAUCAGUACCCAUAGCCUUUGGUGGAACUGAAGAACCAGCAGCUUAUGGUGAGUUGGUGUCCAUUGGUGGCCUUACUCCUGAUACAAACAAGAAACUGAGUGCUGCAAUUGCUGCAAUCCUUGAGACAAAGUUGUCAGUUCCCAAGUCUCGAUUCUUCCUCAAGUUCUAUGACACUAAGGCCCACCAAAGCCAAGAAUAUGCACAGUGUUUGCACGCUUUACACCAGCAUUAGACCAUGGUUCCAACUUCGGAUGGAAUGGUUCGACCUUCUAACUCCAGGUGAUUGCAGACACAUUGGUCUCUGGUGAUUUGGUAUCAUAAAAACUUGGUUAUAUGGGAUAUUUAUUAAGUCGAUUAUCCGAGUUUCCUUAGACCUAUGAUAUGUGGAAUAUUAGAUGCUUCAACUCACUCUCAUUAGAGGGAUUAAACUUUUGGGUUCACUUGGCAUUAGCCAAUGCUGUUAUGGUACUUGUGAUGGAUGAUAAGUAGUGGUCCUCCUGAAGCUGAUAUGCUAUAGUAGUCUAGUUCUUGUUCCA